AUGAAGUCGAAGUUGUUGCCGCGCUACAUCGGCCCCUUCCGUAUCCGAGCGGCCAUCCCUGCGACAUCCAGCUACGACCUCGAGCUCCCUCCAGCGAUGUCGCGAGUGCACAAUCGUUUCCAUGCUCGACUGCUUCGGCCUUGCGUUGAGAAUGAUGCUGAAAGGUUUCCUGGGCGUGACCCCGCAGUUCUUUUUGUCGAAGACGUAGCCGACGCGGCCGACAAUUCUGCGAUUCCGGAAUGGAUUGUUCGCGAUCGGCGGAACGCUCGGGGCGCUCGUUCAUUCUUGGUUCGAUGGGUAGGCCGUAACGACACCGACGAUACUUGGAUGUCAGAGCAGUCCAUUCGCCUUGACCAUCCGUCCGUCCUCGACGCCUACCUCGCGCGCCUCGAUCGCUCGAACCGCCGCCUCGCCGCACGGUAGACUUCUGUCAGGAUCACAGCCUGCACUGCCAUCAAUACUCGAAGGAAGUCUCCCAAGUUUGCGGCCGGAGUCGACAUCAGCUACCGGUUUGUUCGUUGCAAGCAUUGUCGGCGCGAUGGCGUAGUCGUGAGGGCGCGUGGGCGCGCACUCAGUGGUCGAGGGUUCGAUCCGCCCGGAGCGUGAUCUGCCUUUUGGUUUCUUUUCCCUUUUUGUUAUCCGAGGCCCGGCUUCGGGGUUUUUACCGGUGCCUGGCGGGCAAUCCUUUUUACCCCUGAAGCGACCUCGUGGUGUAGUUAUUUGACUCAGUCUUUCCUUCGCUCGGAGCACUUCCCUCCCUUUGCUUUUGCCACCUUUCCCCCAGAGCUUGGUCAACUCUUCUAGACUCGUACCCUCCCUCUUUUUACCCAUUUCGCUGGCAAUUAAGUCCGUUACACUUGAUUUGCUGCGAAGCCUUCCGACCGAAUCCACUCCUCGGUUGCUCUCGGUCGACUGCCGCCGCCCAGCCGACUCGACCUUCCCAUCGGCUUGGUCAGCUAUUUCUUGGAUCGUUUGCCCUCCCUCUUCUGUCCGAGCUCGUUGGCCACCAUAGUUCGGUACACUGGACUUGCUGCGAGCCUUGCAGCCGCGUAUCCUCCGCGGUUGCCUCUCGGUCGACUGCCGCCGCCUCGGUCGACACCCCUUUCGCUUCUUCGCGCUUUCGCGCGCUCUCUCGCUCUCUCCCUCGUCUCUCGCAUGUAGUCAUUGUCAUCCCCUCCGACGUUGCCUGUCACCCAACCUGCGAAGGGCAGUAUCGUCGGGUCAACUCCAAGGUCAGACAUGGACGUACUCGGCGGCCGAAUGCAAGGCCUUCUCCUGCGACACCUGCAAAGCCGCCAAAGCAACAAGGACACCUUUCCCAACGUCGGACUCUCGCGCUUCGCAACCACUCGAACUGGUCCACUCCGACGUCCUCACUCUGCCCGAACCCGCCACCGAUGGGGAACGAUACGUUGUCACCUUCAUCGACGAUUUCUCCCGGAAGACGUGGGUCAGCGCGCUGAGGAACAAGAGUCAGGUCUUCGACACCUUCCAGCGUUGGCACGCCAUGAUCGAGCGCUCAACGGGCCUCAAGCUCCGCACGUUACGAACGGACAACGGCGGUGAAUAUACGUCCAAAGCCUUCAUCGAGUACUGCUCUCAUCACGGCAUUACCAGGCAACUCACGAUCCCUUACACCCCGGAGCAAAACGGCCGAGCCGAACGGACGAACCGCACAAUCAUCGAGGGGACGAUUGCUCUGCUCCAGCACUCGGGACUGCCCAUGACACUCUGGCGCGAGGCCCUCCGGUACGUUGUUGACACCAAAAACCUCAGCCCGCACAGCGCCAUCGAUCACAAAAUCCCGGACACUAUCUGGUAUGGCAAACCUCCCAGCAUGGCAAACCUGAGAGCAUUCGGCUGCCGCGCCUGGCACACCACCCCUCGGCACAAGCGGGCAAAACUCGACCCCAAGGCCAAACCAUUCAUCUUCGUCGGCAUCGAAAACAAAACCAAGGCCUGGACGCUGUACGACCCAGAAACAACUUCGUUCUUCCAGAGCCGCGACGUCAGAUUCGAUGAGAACGUCUUUCCCGCUCGAGAUGCCCCGACUGGCCAACCAAAGCCUCGCGCGACGUCCACUGCUGGCGACUGGACCUUCGUUGACGCUGCACAUGGCUCCCGCACUGUCCCACGUCUGUCACUCCCGCCCGUCGUGCACGAAAAUCGAUUUGCCGCACUUGAGACCGACGCAAGCGACGACGCAACAAUCGAAAUGUCCGAUGAUGGUUUUGAUACCCCGUCCGACAUGUCCAUGGCUCAGUUCUCGCUGUCACCCCCUGCGUCGGACGUGACCGAUGACUCGGCCGACCCCAUCGACUUCCUGUCAUGCCCGUCUCGCGCCGCUGCCUUUGCCGCCACCACUGCAGAUUCACCGGUCGUCGAACUCGAAGGGCCAACCGAGGACCCCCAGAAUUGGUCGCAGGCGGUCAAGUCAGGUAAAGAGGAGAUCUGGAGGCAAGCAGCAGCCGACGAGUUUCACUCCCUUGCCACCGAGUACAAAUGCUUCACCCCUGUUGACUCCUCCUCACUGCCCCCUGGCGCCAAAGUCCUCGGAUCCAGGUUCAUCUUCCGCACCAAACGCGACCAACUUGGCAAGAUCACUUCGCACAAGGGCCGGCUCGUUGCACAGGGAUUCUCCCAGCGCCCAGGUAUCGAUUACGACGAGACUUUUGCCCCUGUUGCCAAGUUCACCUCCAUCCGAGCUCUCAUCGCCCUGGCCGCCGCCAAGAAACUCCACGUCCAUCAGGCCGACAUUGACAAGGCGUACCUCCACGGUGAGCUGAAGGAAGACCUCUACAUGCGCGUCCCACAAGGUGUUGACAUGCCCGGUAAAGUCCUCAAGCUCCAUCGAUCGAUCUACGGCCUCAAGCAGGCCGGCCGAGUCUGGAACGAGCACAUUGUGUGAAGAGUCCACUCUCAGCUCAACAGGGGCGCCUCGGUCGUUGCGCGCACUUGCUAGCCCGCCCCCCGGCGGUGGGGACUUAGGCGCGCCGGCAAUUUCACCCGCGGCUGACUUAGGGAUGUACAUUGUCACGCGCCUGGGCCUAUCCCAGUGUGGCCCCCUUUCUGUUUCUUAGCUUCCUUCUCAUCACUUCUGUUCGACUCUCAACCUCUCCUGACAGUAGUGGUGAUCGUCUCAUAGGUACGCUGAAAUAGAUCACUUCUGUUCGACUCUCAACCUCUCCUGACAGUAGUGGUGAUCGUCUCAUACAUUGACUUGACGCUGAAAAGCCUCCACUACCGCGCCACAGCCAAGGACCACUGCGUGUACGUACGACGCGACGGCGACCACUACCACUACAUCGCCCUCUACGUCGACGACUUGCUGAUGGUCAGCCCCUCGGAGGACGAGAUUGAGCGCAUCCUCAACGGCCUGGAGCAAAAAUGCGGCAUCAAGCGACUUGGCCCAGCCCAGUACAUCUUGGGGAUCCAGAUCAAGCGACAGGCCGACAAGUCCAUCAUCCUGUCGCAAGAGGCGUACAUCACGAGCAUCCUCCGCAGAUUUGGCAUGUCAGACAGCAGCCCCGCCUCCACGCCCAUGGCCCCGAACCGACAGCUCGAACAUUCGCUCGCGGAAACAUCCAAAACUGCUCGGACACGCUACAUGCAGGCUAUUGGAUGCCUCCUGUACGCCGCCACCGGUACUCGCCCGGACAUUUCCUACGCUGUCGGAUACCUCGCACACUUCUCUGCCAGUCCCACACCCGAACACUGGACGGCCAUCAAGACCGUAUUUCGGUACUUACGUGGAACCGCACGUCUAGGCCUGCACUACAGCUCUGAACAAGGCAAGUUCUCAGGCUUCACCGGUUACUCUGAUGCAGACUGGGGAACCUGCACCACAUCGUCACGGUCGACCAUGGGGUACAGCUUCCACCUGGCCGGAUCUGUCAUCUCUUGGUCCUCCAAAGUGCAAAACCGUGUGGCCAACUCCACCACAGACGCCGAGUACCUCGCCCUCUCACACGCCUCCAAGGAAGCUGGUCACCUCCAAGAACUGCUUAUGGAACUGGGCAUCGACACACGAGCUCCCGUCCAGCUGUACGGCGACAACCAAGGUGCUAUUGCUCUCGCCAAGAACCCCACCCUUCACCACCGGUCCCGUCACAUUCGCAUUCGUGAGCACUUUGUACGCGACCAGGUCAGGCUGGGCACCAUCCAAGUCGACUAUGUGGACACGAAAACCAUGGUCGCCGACAUCUUCACCAAGGCACUUGGACCCUUGGUGUUCAAGGUACAUCGUGACAACCUGGGUCUUCGAGGCUAA